AUGGACCCCGUCAUCAUAACGCCGGAUGACGUAGCUGAGGCGGUCCGUAGGGCCCCGAACUGGAAAAGUCCGGGACUCGACGGACUGCAUCACUACUGGCUGAAGGGGUUCGUGGUGUGUCACGCUGUGCUCGCCCGACAGUUUCAAGAGGCUCUCGUCCUCUUCACUACUGGGAUCACUCAUUUGGUUCCUAAAGACCGGGAUUCCACAGACCCGAGCAAGUACCGCCCCAUAACGUGUCUACCUACCAUAUACAAGACACUAACAUCUAUUUUGAGCGCGAGAAUCACUCGUCACCUGAACUCAAAUCAGGUGAUGUCGCGCGCUCAAAAUGGACGUCGGGGCGGUGGUCGUGGAACCAAGGAACCACUCCUCAUUGACGCGGUCAUUGGCAAGGUGGUUAAACGCAACCGUCGGAACCUCUCCGCCGCCUGGAUAGACUACAAAAAGGCAUUCGACUCGGUGCCUCAUACAUGGCUUAAGAGGGUCCUCGAGCUGUACAAGGUUGACUGUACGGUUCGAGACUUCCUCGGGCAGUGUAUGGGGCAGUGGAGUACGAUCCUUUGUCAUCUAGGCCAGCGGAUGACGGCUGCGGAGAACCACAUAAGGAUAAGAAGGGGUAUCUUCCAGGGCGAUUGUUUGAGUCCAAUCUGGUUUUGCCUCUCUCUGAACCCUCUCAGUACCUUACUGGAGGGUUCCGGGAGGGGAUUUCAGCUUCGGAAAGGAGGUACAAAAGUGACCCACCUUUUCUAUAUGGAUGAUCUCAAGUUAUUCGCCUCCAGUCGCUCCCAUCUUGUGGAACUGCUAAACAUCACUUGUGAUUUUAGCAAUUCUAUUGGAAUGGAGCUGGGGACGGAUAAGUGUGCGAUCCUCCAUGUCGAAAGGGGAAGGGUUGCUAACUCUGAGGGCAUGGACUUAUCUAUGCCCAUCAGCAUAAGGACCCUUUCCGAGGCUGAAACAUACCGAUACCUGGGUAUGUCACAGAACAUCGGUGUCGAUGAGGCGGGUAUGAAGUAG